CUCACUCUCUUCGUCUCUCUCUCUCUAGAAUCUGUCUCACGCUCACAUUACGUACACUCAUCCUAUCCCCCGGCGAAAAUCAUCAAGACGAUGUCGUAUGUUCCUCCCCACCUGAGAAGCUCUUCCGCCGCCACCAUCGCAGCAACCGUAGGUAACGGUGUCGCCGAUCAGUUCCAUCCGAAGCAGGUGAAGAGCUCUUCUACUAAAUUCACUUCAGCUAAAAACAACUAUAGUACUGGUAACUCAAUUAAUUCCGGGAAUGCGGGUUAUCGAAGCUCCGGAAGUGGUGUGUCGACCCGAAAUGUUGUCGCGCCGGACCCUGUUUUCCCCCAGUGGAAGCCGUCUGACCGCGUUCUCCGCCUCAAACCGGAACAGGUUCAGGAGGUUCGAUUGAGGUUAAAUGUUGAUGUUUCAGUUCCACCAGAUUCACUUCAUGCACCUGCCCCUAUUGAAGCAUUUGCUGACAUGAAUUUGCACACGAGCAUCAUGAAAGAUAUUGCAUUUCAUGAAUAUACCACGCCAACUUCCAUCCAGGCCCAAGCCAUGCCAGUUGCUCUAAGUGGAAGGGACCUUUUGGGUUGUGCAGAAACUGGUAGUGGCAAAACGGCUGCAUUUACCAUACCUAUGAUACAGCAUUGCCUAGCUCAGCCUCCAAUUCAGCGUGGAGUCGGACCAUUGGCAUUAGUAUUGGCGCCAACGAGAGAGCUUGCUCAGCAGAUAGAGAAAGAAGUUAAGGCCUUCAGUAGAUCUUUGGACUCCUUCAAAACUGCAAUUGUUGUGGGUGGAACCAACAUGGCUGAGCAGAGGUCUGAGCUGCGAGCAGGAGUGCAUAUAGUGGUUGCUACUCCUGGGAGAUUUAUUGACCAUCUACAACAAGGAAAUACUUCUCUGUCAAGAAUUUCAUUUGUUGUCUUGGAUGAGGCUGAUAGGAUGCUUGACAUGGGAUUUGAACCUCAGAUAAGAGAGGUGAUGCAAAAUCUUCCACAGAAGCACCAAACUCUGCUGUUUAGUGCUACCAUGCCUGUAGAGAUUGAAGAGCUAGCACAGGAAUACUUGACAAAUCCAGUGCGGGUAAAGGUUGGAAAAGUUAGUAGUCCCACAGCUAAUGUGUCUCAAAUCUUGGAGAAAGUACCAGAGAAUGAGAAGAUUGACAGGCUUCUCGAUAUCCUUGUUGAGGCAGCUGCAGAAUCUGAGAGAUUUGACCGUCCUUUUCCCUUGACCAUUGUAUUUGUGGAACGGAAGAGCAGAUGUGAUGAAGUUGCAGAAGCCUUGACGGAGCAAGGUCUGCAGGCAGCUGCUCUUCAUGGGGGUCGCAGUCAAAGUGAGCGGGAGGCUGCACUUCGUGAUUUUAGGCAUGGUCCUACCAGGAUACUCGUUGCCACUGAUGUUGCAUCACGGGGUUUAGAUGUCACCGGUGUUGCUCAUGUCAUUAAUCUAGAUCUUCCAAAGACAAUGGAAGACUAUGUACACCGAAUUGGACGGACUGGUCGUGCAGGAUCAACAGGCCAAGCUACAUCCUUUUAUACUGAUCGUGAUGUGUAUCUUGUGGCGCAAAUAAGGAAAGCAAUUCAAGAUGCAGAUUCUGGUAAUACCAUAACAUAUGCGAUCGGAAAGACUGCUAGGAGAAAGGAGAAGGAAGCUAUAGCUGCUCAGAAAGAAGCAAAAGUUGAACUGUCCAAGCUCUCGUUGGUUGGAUCCACCGGUAUAAAUGUGGAAGACAAGUACAGGCACAUGAUCGCUCCUGCAGUAAUAAGAAAAGAGGGUGCUGCUGAUGAUGCUUGGGAUGACUGAUUAUAUUUCCUGUCAACCUACCCUACUUAUGUUGCUACAAGCCCAAACGAGGCAAGAUCCUCUUAUCCCUGCAUAUUUUGCUCAUUCGACAGAGAGGAAACAAGAAACCUACUCAUCUAUUCUCCUUCAGAUGCUGCAUUCCUUGCUUGUUUGGACAAUGAUAGUGAAGAACUUGUUCAGGUUUCGGCAUGGAGAUCAAAUCGCAAAAUGUGCUCAAAGUAGGAUGUUCUUGUACAUUUGCGUUUGUGUGUGCCUUUGCGCUGCUAACGUAAUAGCUUGUAGCCAUGACUAGCUACAUGGAGCUCCUUUUAACUCUGUAGGAAUUGAAUGGUAUGAAUGAGCACAUAAUUUGUAAAUGAAGCUCAUGACUCCUUUGUUUCUAGUUGAAUGAGUAUUUAGACAUAAUUACAUAAAUACCUUUGAGGUUCAA